AUGGCACGGAGCCGGCUGUCCAGCUGGACCCUGCUAUUUACUCUAGCAGUACUGUUUGGAUGUUUCAUCAUACCUGGAGCUACCGUGAAACACGAAAACUUCAAAAAAUGCGCUCAAUCUGGUUUCUGUAAGCGCAACAGAGCGCUCGCCGAUGAUGUCUCCGCAAAGGGCUCCUCCUUUAGCUCGCCGUACGAGCUCGACGCUACCGAUCUUCAUUUCGAAAACGGCCAAUUGACAGGAACCAUCCUGAAGACCGUAUCCCACGAACAAAAAGUGAAGCUGCCUAUCCUUAUCUCCUUCCUCGAAUCCGGAGUCGCGCGAGUUACCGUCGAUGAAGCGAAGCGCAUGACCGGAGACAUUGAGAUCCGACACGGAAGCCAAGCACGCAAAGAACGGUAUAACGAUGCGGAGUCGUGGGUCAUUGUUGGUGGGACGGACCUCAGCAAAUCGGCUACGCUUAGCACCGAAGCUCAGGAAGGCUUUACCACGGUUCUGUAUGGACCUGAUAACACCUACCAAGCUGUUAUUCGUCACGCGCCUUUCUCAGUGGAAUUCCAAAGAGAUGGACAGACUCAUGUGCAGCUGAACAACAAGGGAUACCUCAACAUGGAGCACUGGAGGCGCAAAGUGGAGGCUGUGGAAGGUGAGCAGGAAGUUCUCGGUGCCCAGGAAGAUGAGAGCACAUGGUGGGAAGAGACCUUCGGCGGAAACACGGACACAAAGCCUAGAGGGCCUGAGAGUGUGGGAUUGGACAUUACCUUCUCUGGCUACAACCAUGUGUUUGGUAUUCCAGAGCACGCGGAUUCCAUGUCGCUACGGGGAACACGGUAA